AUGGUCGUCACAUCUUCCUGGUCCAACGUCGAAGACGAGGUACUCAAGGCUGCCAUCAGCAAAUACGGUCUGAACCAGUGGUCACGAUGCGCCUCUCUACUCUCCAAGAAGAGCGCGAAACAAUGCAAGUCCCGCUGGGACAGCUGGUUGGACCCGUCCAUCAAGAAGACAGAAUGGUCUCGCGAGGAUGACGAGAAGCUCUUGACCAUGGCCAAACUGCUCCCGACGCAAUGGAGAACGAUUGCGCCCAUCGUCGGACGGACUGCGACGCAAUGUCUUGAGCGCUAUCAGAAGCUCUUGGAUGAACAAGAAGCGAGGGAGUCUGGUGAUCUCGGGCUGGCGGGCCCAGAAGGUGGAGAGGCUGCUGCUCCAUCAGCAGAAGACGUCCGGCGGUUGCGCCCUGGCGAGGUCGACGCCUACGCCGAGAGUCGACCGGCGCGCCCUGAUGCCAUCGAUAUGCAGGAAGACGACAAGGAGAUGUUAUCUGAGGCACGCGCGCGUUUGGCAAACGUCAGUGGUAAGAAGGCCAAGCGGAAGGCCCGUGAGCGACAACUAGAGGAAUCGAGGAGACUCGCUUUGCUCCAGAAGCGACGAGAGCUAAAGGCAGCUGGCAUAAACAUCAAGAUCACUCCGAAAAAGGGCAACCAUAUCGAUUACAACGCCGACGUACCGCUCGAGAAGGAAGUUCCAGCUGGCUUCUUCGACACGACCGAAGAGCUCGAUCGCAACGAGAAACAGCGAGAGGCCUUCGACCCACGUAAGCAACAGCUUGCAAACAAGAGGAAGAUGGAGUCUCAGGAGGACGGCGGAGGGGAUAGGAAAAAGAAGAAGGACGAGAAGUCGGGAGGUCUUGCAGCGUCUUAUGCUAAGGCGGCACAAGCGCAGAAGAUACGAGAAGCAGAACAGAGCAGCAAACGGCGCGCUCUAGUGCUUCCAUCUCCGCAGGUCGGGGAGGCUGAGUUGGAAGACAUUGUCAAGAUGGGUACGACUGGGCAACGCGCAAUCAUGGCGGGUGGCGGCGACAACAUAGCAACCCAGGGCCUGAUCGGAAACUAUACAAACAUUGUUGGCAACACACCCAUUCGCACACCCAUGGCACCCAAAGAAGAAGACUUUGUCGCAAACGAAGUACGAAACGCUCGGAUGCGAACAGAGACGCAGUCUGCCUUACUCGGUGGAGACAACCCAGAUUUUGUCGAGGACGAGGCACCUGCUUCGCUGUCUGGUCCCGUCUCACGCCAUCAGAUUGUAACGCCAAAUCCCAUGGCAACACCAUUUCGACAGGCUAACGGCGGAGUGGGAGCUACACCCAUGCGUCAAGGACCGGGAGCGACACCAAUGCGGACACCUCGAGACACUCUGCGACUGAACGGAGAGGACAGCAGCAUGCAGCUUGUUGGGCAAACACCCCGGGAUAUCAAGCUACGGGAGCAAGCGAAGCGACAAGACUUGAAGAGCAGACUUGCGGCACUGCCAAAACCAAAGGAAGAGAGCUGGGAGUUUGAGCUGCCAGAAGAGCAAGCAGAAGACAUGGAAAUCGAAAUUAGCGAGGAAGAUGCUGCUGAGCGGGACCGGAGAGCUCGAGAAGUGCGGGAGGCACAGGAGGCGGCAGAGUUUGGUCGGCAGACCCAGGUGGUGCAAAAGUUCCUCCCAAGACCAUCACUUGUCGAUAUCGACGCCAUGAUGAAGCGAGCGCUAGACCUUUCGGACCCCAUCGAGCGUGAAAUCGAAACCGAAAUGGCCAAGCUCAUCGCAAACGACGUUAAGAACUUUGGCAACGGCCGCGUAACAGGCACUACACAGCGCGUAGAAGUAAUGUCAGACUCAGCCCUCCGAAGCGCCAAAAUGGAAGUUGCCCUCGAACUCGGCAUGACAAAAGACAAGGACAAGAGGACCUUCUUCUCUGACCUGAACACUGCCUGGUCCACGCUCCACAACACAUGCACAACAAUGCUUCCCGGCAUCGCCGGCUACACCGACGAUGACGACGAAAUCGAUCAGCACCAACUCCUUGUCCAAGCCUUUGACCAAGCGCAGGAAUCUAUUAUUGACGCCGCUCAGCGCGCAAACAAGAUUGAAAAGCGCCUCGCUACCCACCACGCCGGCUACAUGAAGCGCUCUGCCCUUCUCCGCGACAAAAUCGGUGGUGCCUUUGCCGCCCUGGAGAGGAGCAGGAACGACCUUGUUACGGCGCGCACGGCCCUAUAUAGCGAAGAAGAUGCCAUUGCCAAACGCCUGGCUAGUCUGAGACAAGAGGUUCAAUUUGUGAACAAGAGGGAAAGGGAGGCACAAGAUUUGUAUCGUAGGCGGAAGGAGGAGUUGGAGUCGUUGAGUAUGCCCAUGGAGGUUAAUGGAAUACAUUAA